AUGCGCCGUGAGAGGCAGAUGCUCGGGGAGCAGCUCGACAGAGCCGACCAGUCUGUAAAGGGUGCGAGUGACUAUGAGGCGGAAAAUGGUGAACGGACGGGUGUCACUGGCGGCGCCCAUGAAGACGCGAGCCCAGGGACCAGAGUCACGCGGAAAGCUAGUCAGCAAGGAGGCCCUCCACGUCACGACGCUUGUGGUUGGUGUCACGACGGCGCCACCGCCACGAAGGCUGCCGUUCAGGCUGGAUCUUCUGCUUCACGGUUUUCGCUCUUUUCUCCGGUGCAUGACCACAGUCUCAUCUGUUCUUGGCUUCGCCGUGUACACACACCGGAUUACGUCCGCGCAGCAUCCAGUGCGUCGCUGCCUGAAGAAGAACAGCGCAAAAUUGGACUUCCAGUCACUAGAAGCUACGCAGACAAAUCUCUGGCCGAGGUCAGCGCGACGGUGCUGGGGACAUGGUUGGCUUGUCGCUUCGGCCUCGCAUGCGUCGUAGGCGGAGGCAACCACCACGCAAAACAGGCAGGAGGAGGGAAGUUCUGUCUCUUCAACGACGUCAGCGUGGGCGCCGCGCUCGCACUGAGCCACGGCCUCGCCGAGCGAAUUCUCAUUCUCGAUUUGGAUGUCCACCAAGGCGACGGAACAGCCGAAAUUUUUGCCAACGAGCCUCGCGUGAAGACGGUUUCUAUCCACUGCAGCGACAACUUCCCCUUUCCGAAAGCCAAGUCGGACAUUGAUAUUGAGCUUCCAGCGGGGACCACAGACGAAACCUACCUUCACAUUCUCAACCAAGUUCUGCCAGCUGUGCUUCGGUCCCACCGUCCCACGCUUGUCUUCUACGUUGCUGGCGUGGAUGUCCACGAGCGCGAUAAGUUUGGAAACUUCGCCCUCACCGACGGCGGCCUCAGAAAGCGCGAAGAGGUUGUGUUUCAGCACUGCUUGCAAUACAACCGAGAAAUCUACGGUCGCGAACAGCAGGCAGCUCCACGUGGAUACAGCCCGCAGAUGGCGGGACUCCACAGCCCAGCCGGGGGGCGCUACGAGGCCAGCGCAAAGGAUGCUGAAGAUCUGCGGCAUUUUUUGGCCGCGAGUGGCGCUGGCUCCUGGGGUGGGAAAGCGUCUCACCUACGGCAUGCGAGCAGCCCGGGUUUUUGCACUGACGUCAACAGCACCGCGAAGGGGAGGCCCGAGGCGGCGCUGAGCAGUCAAGAGGUGCACGGUGGCGCCUCUCCUCUCGGUGUUUGCUGCGUGGUAGCUGGGGGAUACGACGAUGAUAUUGAGCAGACGGUCCGAAAGCAUGCAGUCCUUUUUGAGUAA